UCAACAUUGAGGAAAGAUCCAUACCUUGAGAAGCCAAUGGAGCAGUCAUCGUCCUCCCACCCUCCGCCGCUGUCCGGGAAGCCCUCUUCGGUGCUGCCGCACAAGACCCCAAAUAUCCGGGACCAUUACCGGGUUGGCAAGAAGCUAGGGCAAGGUCAGUUCGGCACGACAUAUCUCUGCGUCGAUAAAAGCGAUGGCAAGGAGUAUGCCUGCAAAUCAAUCCCAAAGCGGAAGCUCUUGUGCCGUGAGGACUAUGAAGAUGUGUGGCGUGAGAUCCAGAUAAUGCACCACCUCUCGGAACACGCCAACGUUGUGAGGAUCCGAGGAGCUUAUGAGGACGCUUUGUUUGUGCAUUUGGUGAUGGAGCUGUGCGCAGGAGGGGAGUUGUUUGAUAGGAUCAUUCAGAAGGGGCAUUUCAGUGAGAGGGAGGCAGCGCAGCUGAUCAAAACCAUUGUUGGGGUUGUGGAGAGUUGCCAUUCGCUUGGUGUGAUGCAUAGGGAUCUCAAGCCGGAGAAUUUCUUGUUUCUUAGUGCUGAUGAUGAUGCUGUUCUCAAGGCCACGGAUUUCGGUCUUUCAGUUUUCUACAAGCCCGGAGAUACUUUUUCUGAUGUGGUUGGAAGUCCAUACUAUGUUGCGCCGGAGGUUUUGCGCAAGUUUUAUGGUCCAGAAGCUGAUAUAUGGAGUGCCGGAGUCAUCUUGUAUAUAUUAUUGAGCGGUGUUCCGCCGUUCUGGGCUGAGACUGAAGCAGGAAUAUUCAGACAGAUUUUAAAAGGACAUUUAGAUUUUAAAUCUGAACCGUGGCCUGGAAUUUCUGAAAGUGCAAAAGACCUUAUAAGCAAGAUGCUGAACCGUGAUCCGAAGAAAAGAUUUACAGCUCAUGAAGUUCUAUGUCAUCCAUGGAUUACGGAUGACGGAGUAGCACCUGAUAAACCUCUAGAUUCUGCUGUUUUAUCACGCUUGAAGCAUUUCUCAGCAAUGAAUAAGCUAAAAAAGAUGGCUUUGCGAGUUAUAGCAGAAAGUCUGUCAGAAGAAGAAAUCGGUGGUCUGAAAGAGUUAUUCAGAAUGAUAGACUCAGACAACAGUGGGACAAUAACCUUCGAUGAACUUAAAGAUGCUUUGAAAAGAGUGGGAUCAGAAUUAAUGGAACCUGAAAUUCAAGCACUUAUGAACGCGGCUGAUAUAGACAACAGUGGGACAAUAGAUUAUGGUGAAUUUCUUGCUGCUACAGUGCAUAUGAACAAAAUGGAGAGGGAGGAAAACUUAUUAUCGGCCUUCUCCUUUUUCGAUAAAGAUGGAAGUGGUUAUAUAACUAUCGAUGAACUCUCACAAGCAUGCAGACAGUUUGGCCUCAGUGAUGUUCAUCUUGAUGAAAUGAUUAAAGAGAUCGAUCAAGAUAAUGAUGGGCAGAUAAAUUACCAUGAAUUUGCAGCAAUGAUGAGGAAAGGCAAUGGAGGCAUUGGCAGGAAAACAAUGAGAAAUACUUUGAAUUCUAACUUGGUUGAUGCUCUUAUGGCUGGAGAACAGUAAAUCCAAUUAGGUUAUCCAGUUUUGUAUCAAGAUUUCUCCUGGUGACAUGAAGUUGUGAAGCUAAAAGAUGGUUUUCAUGAGAAUGAAUCACGCGUAUUCAUGAAUAGAUCACUGCUCACAAUUAACAGUUUUGAUUAAUAAAAGUAUUUUAUCAUGUUUUA